CGCAAUUGGAUGACGUACUCAACGUAAAUAACUGCGGUAGCUACCGGGAGAAGCUAAGCUAACUGUGCGACAGAGGAAGAUAAGAUUGAUUGUUUUGAAGAUCUUAUGUUCUGAGAAGCCCUAAAGUAAAAAAAAAAAUGACUUACAGGCGAGAAAGGAGUAUACGGGAGGUGUACGAUGAACGCUUUUUAACAGACAGACCGGGUCCGUACCCACGGGCAGCUGGAGGGGUUGAGAGGAGAGGUCCCUUUGGCAGGCCAGAAGACGACUAUGGCCGUGGUGGCUAUGAUUAUGAAGGAGGUCCCCGCUUUUACCCAAAUGGAGGCGGACCCCGAGGUUACCAUGAAGAUCAGAGGGGUUACCAUGGAGAUGGCCCUCAUUUCCCUGCUGAACGUAGAGCCAUUCCACCUUCAAGGAGGGAGGACUAUCCUUACAGAGUACCCAGGGAGGAUCCACAUGCAGGGCGACCUUUGGAGUUUGGUGCCCGUGCACCACCUCCUCAUAGUGUUCGAGGCCAGGGCAUCUAUCCAGCACCCAGAGCGCUCCCAGAGAGUGGUGAAGACACUUUAGUACAGGCCAUCCUAAACCUGGACAGAGGGGAGGACAGAGACCACUACAGGAGAAAAGCAGCUCCAUUUCCUCCCCUCAGGGAACGUUCUCCCGUGCGCCGAGAGGUGGCCCGCUCCCCACACAGCCGCUCUGGCUCCAGCGUCAGCAGCAGAGGAUACUCUCCGGACAGAGCCAAGAGCCUGCCUUUCCCCUCACAGCAAGGUGUGGAUGGUCCAGAGAGUCACGCGGGUGUUUCAGAGCACCUCUGGGGGGCACUCUUUCCUCAACAGAGUGGACAUGACACUUUGGGACAUGAAGAGACUUAUUCUCAGAGCAAGAUGAUUGACAAAAUUCCUGGCCUGUCAAGAGAGGGUUCCCCACAGAGUGCAACAUCUGGCAAGGAGGAGAACCCUCCUCCAGAAGGAGAAAAAGAAGAGCCCCUGGUAGCUCCUGUCAUGGAAGAGAACCAGAAAUCUACAGACAACUUUCACGAGCGACGAGCCCUUGCCAUCGCAGCUAAAGCCCAAGAGAUAGAAAAGGUGUACCGUCAGGACUGCGAGACAUUCGGAAUGGUGGUGAAGAUGCUGGUGGCUAAAGAUCCCAACUUGGAGAAACAGCUGCAGGUUCCCCUCCGGGAGAACCUCGGGGAGAUCCGCGAGCGUUGCCUCGAGGACCUCAAACACUUCAUCAACGAGCUGGACGAGGUCGUCCGGCAGCCAGAACCUUCUACCUGUGACUCAGCCACUUCCUCCGCGUCCCUGUCAGGUCAUAAACUUUCAAAGACAGCAGUCAACCACAGCUCAUCUUACUGACGCAUCAGCCCAGUGUGCUCCAAUAUGAGAUGGAGGAUGAAGGCUUGACUGUUUGGAGUCUGGAUUGUUCAGUUGAACGUAUUCUGCAGCAGUGCAACCUGGGAAAAAAAAAAGUAACCACAGAAAGAGGAUGCGUUGUUUGUGAAUGACCAGUGUUAUUUUUUUUUUUGAAUGGACCAUUUUUACCUUCACAUUUUCUGUGGGAAUCUAUAAAUCAUAAUUUUUUUUCCUGUUAAAUGUUGUCAAAGAAACACAUUCUUUAUUUAAAAUUAUUCUAGUCUCAUAUUGUGGAAAGAGGUUCAUUAUUUAACCUUCUUUUUGAUGAGAACACAGAGGUUCAGUUCUCCAGCAUGAUCAGUUUUUGUAGUCUUUUCAGCUAUGUCUUUUUUUUUUUUUUUUUUUUUUUUUUGUAGCAGUCAGAUAUUUGACUCGGUGCUGCUAAAUUUACAACAGUUUGACAUUCUUGUAAAAAUUUAUUUCGUCAAAAGAAAAAAAAGCCAGUUAAAUUAAUUUUCUUUGUCUCGUCUUAUUUUGCAUUUGAGCUUUAAACCAUAAACAGCAAACGAGGUUUCUGCUCAUAAUCUGUUAAGUUUCAUAUCUGCAGAAUAAUAUCCAUGUGUUGAGAGAUCUAAUCUGAAGAUAUUUUUAGGAUCAUUUUACAAAAUACGUAAAAAUAAAAUAUAUAAUAAGUUAGUGCUCUAAAUUAUUUGUAAAUCUUAAUAGUGAUCUGAAGGGAUCUGAAGGGGAAGUUGUGCAGAGGGACGCCCUGAGCCUUCAGCCUCUCCCUGCAGAGAAAAGCUCACGCCAGUCACCACCUGAGCUGCAGACAGGUGAACCCGUGCACCUCCAGUUACAGCUGGGGACACUCAUUGUAGAGCCAGCUCCUCCUGUAAGGCCUUGAUGAUGACCUCCUUCUGCUGCGUGGUCUCCUAAAAGAAUUGGACAUGAUGUCAGGGCUCAAAUCCAAAUACAUUAUCCUGCCAGAAUUAUUCGUUCACCUGCCCAAAUUGCUGAAUUUCAUUUGGUACUCCUGAUAUUCCAUAAAGCGUGCAGGGUCUUUACCUCCAGCUUUUUGGUGGCGCUGCUUCUCUCCGCCGGGUCGGCACUGGUGGCUGAGAGCACGGCGUACAGCUGAGCCUGCUUCUUCUCCAGGGUUUCCGUGGGCAGCGCCAGCUUCAGAAAAAUACACUCAAUUUAAAACAUUCAUCUUCCACAAAUCCAUC